CGCCAGAGCAUCUCGCUCUCUCUCUUUGCCUCUACAGGUUGGUUACUGACUGGCGAUGACUCAAUGAAAUACGGCAGCGGACUGCAAGACCCUCCCCUGUAGUUGUUUCCCAGCUACUGUCUGCAACUGGAAGCGCAGGGAAGAAGAGAAGAGAGGAGCAGCUGCUGGACAGAUGGAGAAGAAGCAAGGAUCUCCUCAUCAGUACGGUUCACUGGAGCGCACAGAAAGGACCAGAGACACCAACGAACCAGAAGAGGACGUGGUGUCCAUGGCGGACUCCACCAUCACCGUGGACGACAUUGAGGGGGAGCUUUUUAAGAUUGAGAGGAUCAGGGACGUCCUGGUCAGGAGGGAGUCAGAGCUCAGAUACAUGAUGGAUGACAUUCAGCUGUGCAAGGAGAUCACUCGUCUGAAGAAGGAGCUGCACAAAUUAGUGUCCAUUCCAGAUAAUGACAAGUCCAACGAGGACCGGCAGAAAGAAGAAGAACUACUGCAGCAGAUCCACAAGCUGGUCGAGACCAGAGAUUUCCUGGUGGAUGAUGUGGAGUUUGAACGGCUCAGGGAGAACGAAGAAGAUAAAGAAAUGGCAGAUUUUCUGAAGUCCAAAUUCCCGAGAAAGAUGAAGAAGACAGGUGUACCAACCAGAAGGACACCAUCCAGGGCUCAGCAGACCUCUUCCCCCUUCACCAAGACAGGCCUCACCCUGUUGAAGGAGUGCUGCGGCUUCACAUGCUCCAUCAUGUAGCCUGGAGACAAAAAUGGUGGGCCCCACUCCAGGGCUGACACAGGGGCCAUAAACCAAAAUGGCCAUUCCACAGCAGUCAGUAUUUCCAGUUUCAGCUUUUCAGUCCGAGAAAGACUUUGAAGCAUGGAUGGAGCACUACAGACGUUGAAGUUGAAAAUUAUCCAGAGGGAGAGCAAAGGAUGUUGCAAAGAUCGUGUAGUGUGUUUUUCAUGCCAAGCCCCAAGUUUGUCUUGUAUUGGAUCUGUUCUGUCUCUGUCAUUGGAUUUCAUAUCUUAUUUAGUUUUCAUAUUGUGCUCUCCACAUCUCCGUCUCUCAUCCCAUUCCUGUUUUCAUUUCACUGCUCAGCCAGCUUCUUCUGAUUAACAGUUUCCAAAAGGUACAACCCAACAUGCUGUAUUUAUAUCUUUCUUUCAGGCAGACAGGGCAGAAGCAGCAUAGCACAAGUCAGGCAUGUAUAGUGUACACACUAAUUGGGUUGAAACGCCCACAAGUUUUAUAUUUUAGAGUUAGAGAUUAGAACUGUCAUCGCCUCAUUAAAAAAAAUAUCUGUUUUGCAGGUGUCAACAGGCCAGUCUAGACACACUGCUGGAACUUUAUAAUCACCAUUAAGCAGAUAACACUUAUGAAACUGACAUUAAUUGAGAGCUCUGUUAGGUUGAAGUUGCCUGUGAUUUGACACCAGAUCCAAAUUGCUAUGACCUUUUGAAAAGUGGUGGUUUGUGAAGAAAGAACGGAUGUCUCAUCACGCUCUAUAUUCCUUAAAUAACAGUUAACUAGUCUUGACUAAUGUCUACUUUUUAAUAAAUUCCAGUAUUUUUCCUUCAGUGACAAUGCAAAACAUCCACAUUGUGCUCUGUGGAUUGGUGUUUUUGUUUCAUUUGCAAAGAAACAUUGAAGAACAUCACACAAUACACAUUUUAAGUUUUUCAUUUUCUUUUUGCUAAUCCACACUAGUGAUAGUGUUUUACUUUUUGACAAGACUAAGCAGACUCACCCUGCUUCAUUAUUUUAUGAUAUAUUUCUGAUGAAUAUUCAACAGAUACUGUACAUAAGUACAGGAACGAUAGUUAUUACAGUGUUAUGUGGGGACACAUACAGUAUUAAGCCAUGUAUGGGUGUUCAUAUCCUAAUGUAUGCACAUGAGCACACUUGAAAGUGAAAGAAUGAAUCAUUCUUAGUCUGUUGCACUCAGUUUUGUAUCAUCCAUACUCAUUUCUUUAAAUGUUAUGGAUCGGAUGGAUCGGCACAUAACUGACACUGCAGACCACUAGACCUAAUACAUAUAUAUAUAUGCCACUCCAGUGAUAAAAGCAGUCAUUGUAUGCAUCAUUGAGGCACACUUGACAGCAUUCUGAGUGGUAUAGGCCUACUUUAUGUUUUAUAUUAAUCUCCUGUCUAUGGCCAGAACACUUCAGCCCACUUCCACUAUGAGUAAAGAUGAUAUAUUUAUUUCCACCCUAUAUUUGAUCAGUUAUUACAGCCUGAAUAUGUACCUAUAAAAUGUGUAUCCAUGUGCUUUACAUUAAGCACAGGGAUGGCCAAUCAAACUACGGAGCGGAUCUCUGUGUUGCCAAGAGAAAUAGUCGCCAUAGCAACCUUGUAUACCCCAUAUCUUUACAAUGAGACAACUAGGAAGGUUAGAUGGAUCGGAGAUGAGAUUUUCAUAGAUACUCGAGUUUUAUCAUGGUUACCUCAUGAAAGGUAAGCAGGAGACAGAAUAGUAUUGCUACUGAAAUUGUGUGAAUUGUCAUAUUUUGGAUUCACACUGGAAUAACAUAUAGAUACUAUUUAGAAUUGCGUCUGAAUCCCUUUCACACCCUUUUAAAUAAAGUAAGAUUAGGUAAACAUAAGGCAGCUGUACUUGACUGGAAAGUAGACAUUUGACAUUUGACAUACACAGAUGUUACAGUAGAUGCUAACUGAAUUAAAAUAGUUUUAAUUAUUACAGAUGAUACAUUUCACAGUCAAUCUCCCAGUUUAUUUCUCACCCCCGUUUGACACAGUGUUCUCUUUUAUGUUUUUUUCCCCCAACUAUUGCUUAGGAUGGAUACAGCUGUCUCUUUUGUUCAGUCACUGGAUCCUUUGAUAUUCAGUCUCAACACUGUCAUGGAGGCUUUGGGUCACAAAUCACCCAGCAACCAUGUCCGGUGCUGUCACAGACAACACAGGGGAAUUUAGAUGUGUGCCAGUAAUGCUGAAAUUCUGUAACAGCCAUGAGACAAAAACAGAUAUUGUAUUUUUUUGUGUUAGAUGGGUGUGUGACAGUAAUAUUUGAGAAAGGUUAAGUGAGGAAAUUAGUUUCAAAAUGUUAAGUAUUAUGACCAUAACAGAUCUAUACUAUAUUUGUUUUUGUUUUGAAGUUUUGAAAAAUAAAAAACUAAUGGUUUGAUGUACAGGUCCUAAUUUACAAGUACAAUUAUAAAUACAAUUAUGUGUGUAUAUAUAUAUAUAUAUAUAUAUAUAUAAACAAACACCUUCAUCUGAUUAAUAAUUUUUACAUGGGUACACUUCAAUUUUCACAUUUAGACAUAAAAACCAGCUGUUCACACCAGCUGGAGGGUGUGUUACAUGCCCUAACUCAGAAUUUCUGAGGAAGAUUCUUAUAGACAAGGAAGCGACCAUGUAGCCUCUUAGGAUAGACACAGUGUUGCAGGAGAGAAAAUCAGAGAGAGAAAAUUAUAUAAGAAGAGAGUUUGAAGUGGCCGAAAGCAGGGGAGAUGAAGAAAAAGAGAGAAGGCGAGUGGGAGGGCACGGAGUUGAGGGGGGUCUAAUCUUUCAGUGUGACUCAUCCUUAGUGAAAACACUGUGAGUUCCCACAAGGGCAGCUCUCAGUGAAUGUUACGUGGAAAGGGCAGGACUGUCAUUCAAACAGUGUCAUCCUGAACACCUUCUGCAAAGCACUGUGUAAAAAUGGGGACAGUAUUUAUUUGUUUGUUUAUGCGUGUGAAAAAUGAAUGAGAAAGAAAAUGUGUGAGUGUAUGUUUCAGUAUAUGUACGGUACCUGUGCUAGGAACAAGGGUGAUAAUGGGAGGUACAGUAGCUGUUGUUACUAUGGUUACUGUGACUUGAUGGUACACUCUCACUUCUUGUUUAAUUUUGGUUGUGCUAUGUAAUAAACUCCACUGGAUUGUAAUGCAAGGCUGCAUGUGUUGUAAACUGCAGGGGGAAGACAAGGAACCUGCUUUUUUAUAAUGUUCAGG